CAAAACAAUGUUUUUUUUCGCGCCAAAUUCUGGCAGAAAUUUUUAAGCUUUUACAGCUAAUAGACGUUUUAUUUUAUACUUGUUUAUUAUUUUCUAAAUUAAUAAUCAAAACAGAGUUUUAAGACGCUAAAAUUGCCAUGGAAUUCUCUCGUCGAAACCGUUUAAAUCCAGAAGUACAAUGUAACAUGGAUACGGUCCUCGAGUGGCUGCUGCCGCAUAAUGUUGUUUUAUACGUUAUACCUCCUAUGAUCGAUAUGACGAUAUCCGAGUUCGAGUCACUGGCGCUAGAACGCCUGAAGGUUCUGCGCGUUUUGGAGCAAGCAUCCGUCAAAAAUUUGAAACCGAUGUCAGAGGAAUGGCGGGAUUGCAUCCUGAAUGAGCUAAACCACGAAGGUUUGAAGCAUUACGUGCGACUCUGUCAGGGCAAUCACUCGAAGGAGCAGGACAUUGCUGCCCGCAGAAAGGAUUAUUUAUCACAUUUCAUCCUUCGGUUUGCCUACUGCCGGUCAGAGGAAUUGAAAAGAUGGUUCAUUGCAAGAGAAAUGGAAUUAUUUCGUCUUAAGUUCAGCGGGUUAUCAGCGCAGGAUACAAAAGAAUUCGUGCAACAGUACGAGAUGAAUUAUAUACCGCUUUCAUCGGAUGAAAAAAACGAAAUCAAGGAAGGACUGUAUGACAGUACUGUUUACCAAAGUAUCGUUCAAAUCGAAGCUAUGGAUUUCUACAAAGUUCGUUUCACAGAUGUACUGGACUUAGUUCGGAGCCGAAAGUGUUACCUCAAUGAUGGUUUUGCUUAUGUUUGUUCAAAUGAUUUUAUUUCCAUCAUAGCUAACAAACAUCUUCAGUUGUUAGAAGAUGGUUUACAGGCCCACCUUAGGUUGUUGCCCGAGUUGGAAAAUGACGAACGAUUCUCAUCGCUUUUAAAAGGACUUCACACUUCCUACACUGGGAAGGAUUACACCGUAUCGAAGGCAGGAGAUGUGCCAAUUGAUUCGCUAGAUCAAUUAUCGAAAAAAUCGUUCCCGCUUUGUAUGCGGUACUGCCACGAUACUCUGCGAGCUCAGCACAAACUGAAGCACGGCGGUCGUAUGCAGUAUGGUUUGUUUUUGAAAGGAAUUGGCGUAACUUUGGAGGGAUCCUUGCAAUUUUUUAGAGAAGAGUUCAGCACUCGAGGUACUAUUCCUCUAGAAAAGUAUGAAAAAGAGUAUGCGUAUAAUAUUCGGCACAAUUAUGGUAAAGAAGGUUCUCGCAUAAAUUAUACGCCUUAUUCAUGUAUGAAAAUUAUUACUUCGAGUGUCGGUAUUCAGGAUACGCAUGGUUGUCCAUUUAAAAUAUGGGAGCCUUCUACACUCAAAACAAAACUCGGUUCUUACGGUCUAAGCGCGGUGCACGUUGAAGAGAUUAUCAGUUACGCUAGUAAGGGUCACUAUCAGAUAGCCUGCGGGAAGUACUAUGAAACUAUCCAUCAAACGAAUCUGGAAGAAGGAAUUAAACACCCGAAUCAGUUUUUCGAGUUUAGCCAAAUUACCAUGGGUGCUCGUGCUCCAAAGGCUAAGCCAACUCCCUCUGAAAGCACUCGACGAGUGCAGAGCGGCUUCAAUGACAGCCAGGACACAAGCGUAUUGAAUGGUGACGAUGACGAUGAAUUAUGGCAAUUGAUGGAAGCAAAUGAUAGGGAUGCAAAGGAGUGCGAAACUAAAGACAACCUGUUGCUUGCGCAGCAGCCUAAACUUAAUGGAAACCAUUUGACUAAAGCUUCUACGUCAGAAUGGGGGGAAGAUGAUGGUUUCGAUGCAAGCCUUGUUGGGAUGGAGUGAUAGCUUUGUAGCUAGUUUAUAAGUCCAUGAAAACUGAUUGGCAACAGUUGAAAAUAAGAAACGUUCGCGGCACUGUCACAGUUUACACAUUGUUUUUUUUUACUGAAACGGCUAUUAUUAUAAAACCACCAGAAUAUUUAACAAAAUACGAAGACUUGUAAAAAUUUCAACUCUGCUUAAUACAUAUAUAAAAAAUA